UCGGUUACGUGUACAUCCAACAAGAUCGGCGUUAAGGCAACACCAGAAUAUUUGGCAAAAAAGAUUUGCCUCCCCUUCCCCCUUUUUUUUUCAGCCGCCGAAUCAUGUCGAUGAGCCCAAAGCAUACGACUCCUUUCUCAGUGUCUGACAUCUUGAGUCCCUUGGAGGAAAGCUACAAGAAAGUGGGCAUGGAGGGUAGCAACUUGGGGGCUCCCUUGGCAGCCUACAGGCAGUCUCAGGUUUCUCAGCCAGCAAUGCAGCAGCACCCCAUGGGCCACAACGGGACAGUGACUGCUGCCUACCAUAUGACAGCGGCAGGCGUCCCCCAACUCUCCCAUACCACUAUGGGGGGCUACUGCAACGGCAACCUAGGCAACAUGGGAGAGCUUCCACCUUACCAGGAGACCAUGAGGAACAGUGCUUCAGCCUCAGGAUGGUACGGGGCCAACCCGGACCCGCGCUUCUCUACAAUAUCCCGCUUUAUGGGGCCGUCUUCUGGAAUGAACAUGGGCGGCAUGGGGAGCUUGAGCUCGCUGGGAGACGUUAGCAAGAGCAUGGCACCUCUCCAGAGCACUCCACGAAGGAAACGCAGGGUCCUUUUCUCCCAGGCCCAGGUUUACGAGCUGGAGAGACGUUUCAAGCAGCAGAAAUACCUCUCGGCUCCGGAGAGAGAGCAUUUAGCCAGCAUGAUACAUCUCACGCCGACUCAGGUCAAAAUCUGGUUUCAGAACCACCGCUACAAGAUGAAACGCCAGGCCAAAGACAAAGCUGCGCAACAGCAGAUGCAACAGGACAACAGCUCUUGCCAACAGCAGCAGUCUCCCAGAAGAGUGGCGGUGCCCGUGCUUGUCAAGGAUGGCAAGCCAUGUCAAGCCGGCUCCAACACACCGACGGCAGCUAUCCAGACCCAUCAGCAGCAGGCAGCUGCAGCAAUCACAGUGGCUACCAAUGGCAACAGCCUUGGACAGCAUCAGAACCACCAGCCAAACAGUGCAGGGCAGUCUCCAGACCUGGGACAGCACUCAGCCAGCCCUUCGUCUCUCCAGAGCCAGGUCUCCAGUUUGUCUCACUUAAACUCUUCUAGUUCUGACUAUGGCACUGCCAUGUCUUGCUCUACCUUGCUCUACGGUAGGACCUGGUGAGAGGAUUUUUUUUUUUUUUGUAAAGAAAGCUCAGAGGCGCCCAGUCACACAAAUCUCUGUCCUGUUCAAACUAUUUUUUUUUAUUUUUAUUUUUUAAGGAGCGGUUCUUUGAGGAACCCCUAAAACAGAGAGACAGAGAGUGACUUUUAGGUUGUUAAAUGGGUAUUUAAUAAAAAAAAUCAUGGAGCAGUUGCAGAAUGGAGCCCAUGAGUGGUCAUGGUCUGAAGGCUUGGAUUUCAAAUGUACACUUUGCCAGCGAAUAGACCUUGCAUGUAAAUACAGAGAUUUUCGGAGGGGGGUGGGCGUUUCCCCCCAAAAAACCAUUAGUGUCACCCAGACAAAAGGAAAGGUCCCCUUUCUACUCCCCCAGCCCAGACACCAGGGCCCGCGGAUGGAGAUAUUGAUUCGUCACAGCUUGGCAUUUUUUUCUUCCCUUACUUUUGAUGUGAAUCUGUAGCUGUAUAAUGCUGUCAAAAGUUGGGCUAAACCCAUAGUUUUUAGUAACCUGUAUAUUUUGUUGUAAAGAAAAAAAAAUACAAUCAACCAAAUCAAACCAAAACACACACCCGACCUUUUUUAUGGACAUUGGACGAUCCGUGUAAAUCCUUUGGCAGUUUGUUAUUUCCGCACGUCUCCUCUUUCUGUUGUAAACUUAUGUAGAUAUUUGGCUUAAAUAUAGUUCCUA